AUGGCAGUUGGCAAAGUGCGUACUCCUGCAACUCCAACUCCAACUCCCACGGCUACUCCUAACGUGACUCCCACUCCUAGUGUGACUCCUACGGCUACUCCUAACGUGACUCCUACUCCUAGUGUGAUUCCUACAGCUACUCCUAAUGUGGCUCCUACUCCUGGUGCGACUCCUACACCUUGUGUCCCUCCUAUUGAUCUUGCAUUUCUUGAACGUGAUCCCGGGUUACGUCGUCCGAUUUGGAAGUAUCCACCUAAUGUACAAGAUGACAUUAGACUUGAAUACAUUAGAUUGGGACCAUGUCAACCUCAAUUAAGGAAAGAGCAAUAUCCACCUACUCAAUUUGGAAAUGCAUCUAGUCAAGUGGCAUUUACUGUUGAUGGAUUUAGAUGUUGGAAAAGAGUGAAUGAUAAUAACAAAUGUUCUUUCUUGGUACACGUUGGAACUCCUAAUUCAGCACAUGGCAAGUCAGUCAAAUCUCUUGAAGGGUUGCAGAAUGUCACAAGGCAUAUUGACAAGGUCAUAAAUUCUCAAUCUUUGAAAGAGGUAAAGAAAAAUAGACUGAGAUUGAGAACUACUAUAAAGUCUGUUUUAUGGUUAACUUUGCAAGCAUGUGCAUUACGGGGUCAUGAUGAAUCAUCCACUUCUCGCAACAGAGGUAAUCUUACUGAGAUGAUUAAACUUAUGGGAAGAAUGAAUGUUGAUAUUUCAAAUAUUGUUUUGGAAAAUGCACCAAAGAAUGCUAUGUACAUUGCUCCAACAAUACAAAAAGAUAUUCAGUAUAUCCUUGCUUCUAAAGUGAGAAAGAAAAUUUGUGAUGAGAUAGGAAGAUUUAAGUUUUGCAUUUUAGUUGAUGAAGCAAUAGAUGCAUCACGUAAAGAACAAAUGGCUAUCGUGCUUAGGUUUGUUGAUGUUCAUGGUGUCAUACGUGAACGAUUUUUUGAUAUUGUUAAUGUGUCUGACACAACAUCAGCAACUCUUAAGAAAGAAGUAUCUGAUGUUCUUACACAGAAUAACUUGAGCAUUUAUGACAUGAGAGGUCAGGGAUAUGAUGGUGCUAGUAAUAUGCGUGGGGCAUUUAAUGGAUUACAAGCAUUAUUUCUUAAAGAUUGCCCAUAUGCUUAUUAUGUACAUUGUUUUGCUCACCGUUUACAGCUAGCAUUGGUUGGAGCUGUUGAGAAACAGGAUUCUAUAUGGGAUUUUUUUCCUAUGUUGUCUAAUGCUGUGAAUGUUGUUACUAGUUCUUCUAAACGUCUGUCAGAGUUACAGAUAGCACAUGGCAUUGAGGUUGAUCAUUCUUUGGCUAGUAGGGAACGUGAGACUGGGAGGGGACUUAAUCAUAUUGGAAAUUUACAACGUGCAGGAUCUACCAGGUGGAGCUCUCACUUUAAAUCUAUUUGUAGUUUGAUUGAUAAGUAUAGUUCAAUACUCACUGUGUUGGAAAGCAUUAUUACUUGUAGUACAUCUUCGAACUCUAUGCGUGGAGAAGCUAGAGGCUCUCUAAAUGCACUUAAAUCAUUCAAGUUUAUAUUUGUACUCUACUUGAUGCAUAAGAUCAUGGGCAUCACAAAUUUGCUUUGUCGAGCCUUACAAACUAAAUCAAUUGAUAUCUUGAAUGUCGUGGAUUUAGUUGCAACAACAAAAGAAUUGCUACAAUCUUUGAGAGCUGAUGGGUUUGAUGUUCUUUUGGAAUAUGUUAUAUCAGUUUGCGAAAAAUUCAAAAUUGAUGUACCGGAUAUGAAUUCUCGUUAUAUGGAUAAUAUCCAUUCAGUGAGACAAAGAGAUGAUAUAUCAAUUGAGCAUCAUUAUCAUUAUAAUAUAUUUAAUUCUGCUAUUGAUUAUCAGGUGGAAGAGUUGAACUACAGGUUUAAUGAUAAUGCAGUGGAGCUUUUGAGAUUGAGUUCAUCAUUGGAAUCGAAGAAUAAUUUUAGUUUGUUUGACAUUGAGCAGAUUUGUACCCUUGCUAGUACCUUUUAUCCUGCUGAUUUUAGUCAACAAGAGAUGUACUAUCUGAAACUCCAACUUGAUCAUUACAAGAUUGAUGUGAUUAGGCUGCUAGAUUUCAGAAUUUUUCUACAAUCUCUGAGUUAUGUGUACGACUAA